UAAUUAAAAUUGUUUUGCUGUGAGAAUAAACGCGGGAAAGUUCGCGCAUAUGACCAUUAGCCUUAUCUCGGAUAAUAUCAGAUUUUGCAGCAAAAAUGAAGAUUAUUUUAAUGAUCUUUCUCUCAUCGUGCUUGAGCAUAGGUAAUUCCGAAUAUCCUAGAUUCAAGCGAAAAGGCAUGCCGCAAAAUAUAGCUCAACGUUUGCCUCCCCAAUCGCAAUUUGGGAAAAAAUGGGGUAAACCUCCUCAAAACAUGCCACCACAAUUCAUGCAAGGCAGGCCCCAAUUUCAAGGGCCCCGUAUGCCUCCAAGGGGAAACAGACCAUCAAAACCACCAAUGGGUUUCAAUAUGCAUAUGGCUCAAAUGCAACAACACUCAAUGUACACUAAACCAAAGUUCCAACAGUUCCAGCAAUUUCUACAGCCUGAAAAAACCAACCCGGGCCAAAUGAAGGACUUCUUUAAAAAGCCGAAUCAACUUCAACAUCCAGUUAUUCAGAAUGGACCAGUGCUUUCUGGACAAAUGAUACACUUUCCGAAAGAUAAUAGGGAUAAUCCUAAAAAUAUACCAAAACACGAGAAACCUUCAUUCGUAUCUUCCCCUGCGAUACCCACUGGUUUUGAGUACGACUACCACGUUCAAACUAAUAACAUUCCUAUGAAUAUCAACACUAUUAAACAAGUGGGAGAAAAAGGUCCAAUUCAUACGAUACCAGCUCCAAAUCUGAGCCUUGCCGACAAACCCAGUCACGUUGAAUUGCGCCGACCCCAAAAUUACCAACUAGAGCAACAAAUUAAUUUCCAGGAACCCCAAUUCCAAAAUGGAGAUUCACAAGCACACCAUCAAUACCAAGUGACGGAACACAAUGAACAAACAUCUAAACGGUUAUUCACAGAUAACGUAAAUGAACAAACGCACUAUAUCUCAGCACCGUCUGUCCAUAUGGUAAAUCAGCCUGGACUCCAAAGUGGCAAUCAAGGGUAUCAGAAUGUACAAUCAGUAUUUUAUGGGCCAGAAACUCUUGGAGUAACAGUUCAAGAGAAUGGGAACCGUGGAAUCAAUAUCGGAAUUUCUCAAGAACAACUUAAUCAGCCAGGUGAAGAUAUGGUGUUUUCCAACAGUGAACGCUACCAGGUGGAAAAUAGUCAAGUUUCAAAUGGUCCACGAAAGCAGAAUUUGCAAACGCAGGCUAUUCAAUCUAAUUAUCAACAACACCAUCCGGAGCAAAUUGCUAAAUUUGCUCAAAAUCAGGAGCCACAAUAUGUACAGAGGUAUCGGGAGAGGAACAAUCAGGAGGCUGAAGAAAAUAACCAGAACAUCGAACCCGAGUUCCACUCUUUUAACUACGAUGAACAAGCCCAUCAAGCGCAAGCCAAAUCAGACGCAUCCUCAGGUUUGGUAACGGCCACAUAUUCUCUUGGACCUGGACAAGAGAAAUUAAACAAAGAGCCAAACAUUAACUCGAGAAGUUCUUCAGUUGAUCCGUUGACCCAGUCUCAAAUUGUUCAAAGCUAUUUUGAUACAAGGGCUGGAAAUGAUGUACAACCCGAUGCAAAACCAAGCGGAUCUGGAGCAGCGGAGAAAGACAGACUCAACUCAUUUUAUAGUUCGUUACCCAGCAAGGACGCCGCUGAUCGACUUGCCACAUUACAAGCAGCUGGUAAAGUCAAUAGUAAUUUGAUGCAAAUGGGAAGUCCUCAAGUCAACCAAGACGAAAAAGAUGACGCUCUUCCUGCUGAAAGUGAAGAAUCUGAUAGUAGGGAACAAUUAGUAGACUAUGACGACUAUUCUCAAGAAAGUGACGAAGCCCAAUCCGAUGAACAAAGUGGAUUUGGACAAAAACUAAGGAUAUAAGAUUUAAGUUUAGGUUUUUAAUUUAUUUAUUUAUUUAAGAGUCAUUAUUUAUUUCCUCAUUGUUCGUGUUCAUAAAUGUUCAAUCAUUAUUAUUAGGUUAGAAGAGUUGUUAUCUGGUUGAAUGUUAAUAUAUGAUGUUGAAUAUUU